CACUAGGCACUAACAAUGAAAUGCAUAUCAAUAUUGCAUGAAUUUUUCAGAUAUAUGGUGCCUUCUACGUUACCCCGAGUGAAAUCCGGGGUACCGCAUACCUUGAGUUUUUUUUUUUUUUUUUGACAAACGCAUACCUUGAGCAUACCUUGAGUAUGAAAACGAUAUCUAGACCUCGAAUUAGCAGGAUUUUUGGGCAUGAUACUACUAACCCUUAAUGAGUGAACCCUAGGUCCUAAUUAUCUAAAUCAUAAACUACAAACCCUAAGAUGGUGCAUUGAUUUUUUUGCCUGUAUAUGGACGAAUCAUAACCGUCGAUUAUUGUUUCUAAGUAAAUUGAUCUUGGGGUAUAAGAUUUAGAGAAUUAAGACCUAGAUUUUGAUCUUUAAGGGUUAGAGUAUAGUAUCAUGUCUGAACGAUUAGUCAAUUCAAGUUCUGGAUAGCAUUUUUUUAUUCAAGGUAUGCGGUACCCCAUAUUUCACCCUGGGUACCGUAAAACUCCCCAUAUAUGUAUAUAUAUAUGGUGGUUACUUCGCUACACUCAAUGCACCCAACUCUAAAAGGGUCCAUAGUACAUCAAAUUUUGAACUUUAAUUAGUACUCUCAAUCUAAUAUGAUGAAAUCAAUCUAUUACCCUAACCCCUUAACCUUCAAUUUUGAAUCCCAACCCAAAAUCCCAAAUUGUAAACCUAAAUCCUAACCCUAAAUCCUUCGAAUUAAAUCAAAUUUGGAAUGAUUUUUUUCUUCUAAUUCAUGUGCUUUUUGUUCAUUAUCUCAUAAGCAACAAUUGAUACCGUUUUGACAUGAAUCGCAUGCUCAGAAUGACAAUUAUAAGACAUGUGGUCUAUUAAAAAAAUCGGGAAUAAAAUAUCUAAAAUAUAGGAGAUAAAUUUAUACCCUUGUUUGUGUAAUUGUGUUAACACUAUAACAAAACUUAUAGUACAAUUAUGUUAUCUUAUUCCUUAUAUGUGAUUUCUUAUAUUUUCAUACACCUUUUUAUAUAAAUUAGAUAUUUUUUCUAUUAAUAUUUAAUAUGGUUCUAAAAUGCGUCCUAGGAACUCGUCUAACCUUGCUUAGAUGCAAGUCAGACGGAAAACGCCUUCUCUUGAUAAAAGACAGCGGAGAAAGCAUCACUAUCACAUUGUUACCUCGAUAACGUCUAAUCAACAUUGAGUUGCUCCUCAAAGCUCACAGAAAAACUGAAAGUUGAUGCCCGAUGACUAGCCAUAUGAUUAGAGUUGCCCGAUGAUUAGGGUUGCAAAUGAGUCGAGUCGAGUUUUACCUCAGCUUGAGCUCGACUCGUUAAUAAACGAGUCGAGCCGAGUCGAGUUCGAACUAGCUUGUUUACUAAAAUCUUGACUUUUAUUUGGUACUUCAUUUUGUAUAUCAUGAUACAUAUGAUUUAUUUUGUUAGCUAAUCUCAUAUUAUACUUUAUUGGUAUCAUAUAUCAUUUAGUUAAUAAAUUUUAACUACUCCAAAUCAUGUUAUUUCAUAGUAUUUAAGCAAUUUAUGAUACAUAAUUUUUUUUAAAGUAGAAAAUAAGAUAUAUUUUCUCCCAUACUCAAGUACUCGUUAAACUUUAUAUAUGGUGAGAUAUAUUAUUUAACAACCAUAUGAAUUAAAAUCAUAAGAUAUAGAUUGAUUUGUCCAUAAGUUGGUAAUCGAGUUGGCUCUCUAGCCACAUGUUGAGACAUAUCAUGAGCUCUAAUCAAGCCAACUCACGAGUUUAGCUCAACAAGCCACCGAGUCGAGCUAGCUCGCGAGCUUCACGAGCUGAACAAAACUUAGCUCGUGUUCGGCUCGUUUAUUAACGAGCCGAGUUUCGAACGAACUUUUGUCGAGUCGCUCGCGAGCAGCUCGACUCAUUUGCCGCCCUACAUGAUACAUUGCAGACCUGAUUUGGGGAACAGAGACACAAACAGAGUCCCCUGAGGUCGACCUCAGAAUACCCAAUUUCAAAAUACAACUAAUAUAUAUGUUGAAAGAAUACGACUCAACCAUAAACAAUAAACUCCUAUAAAAAAAACCCCAUAAACAAUGAACAUUGAAGAAAGAAAAUUCACAAACCCCCAAACCCAUUUUAAUUUAACAAAAACAAAAGGCGGCCACCCCAGAAGCUUAUCAUUUGGCCAUGAAAGAAGCCAUUCUUUCUUCCCCAUAGCAUGUGCCACUUCUCAGAAGCCAUUAUGACCAAUCCAAACCCCUUUCUCCUUGUUCCUCUAUUUAAACCCUCCUCCCAUCCCUUCUUCCCCUCCACGCCACAACUCCAAAGAAACAACAACAACAGAUAAUAAACUCUCUUCAUUCCUCAUUCAGUCAUUUCAUCGAACACUUUUCUUCUCAAUCCCCUGUUUCUCUACCUAAAGAUGUUCACCGCCACUUGUCUCAACACCGACUUACCCACCAUGUUUCCAACUUCCGGCCGCGAAGAUUUCUUCUUCUCAUCUUCCCGCCGCUGCAUAUGGGUUAACGGGCCCGUCAUCGUCGGCGCCGGGCCUUCCGGCCUUGCCGUCGGAUCCUGCCUGAAAAGAGAAGGCGUCCCUUUCAUCGUCCUCGAGCGGGCCAACUGCAUUGCCUCUCUGUGGCAAAACAGGACCUACGAUCGCCUCAAACUUCACCUCCCCAAGCAAUUCUGUCAGCUACCCAAUUUCCCUUUCCCCGAAGACUUUCCAGAGUACCCUUCCAAGUUCCAGUUCAUCACCUACCUGGAGGCCUACGCCAAGCAUUUCGAAAUCACCCCCAAUUUCAACGAGACCGUCCAAUCCGCCAAAUACGACGAGACGUUUGGACUGUGGCGGGUGAAGACCGUUUCCAACAGCGGGCCUAUUCCGAUGGAGCUCGAGUACAUCUGCCGGUGGCUGGUGGUGGCCACCGGAGAGAACGCUGAGAAAGUGGUGCCGGAGUUCCAAGGGUUGGAGAAAUUUUCCGGCCAUGUCAGCCACGCUUGCGACUACAAAUCCGGCGAGGGUUACCGCGGGAAGCGUGUUCUUGUCGUCGGGUGUGGGAAUUCCGGCAUGGAAGUGUCCCUCGAUCUAUGCAACCACAAUGCCAGCCCGACAAUGGUGGUCAGAAGCUCGGUUCAUGUAUUGCCAAGGGAGAUUUUCGGGAGAUCGACCUUCGAGCUGGCAGUAACCCUGAUGAAAUGGAUGUCUCUGAGGAUGGUGGACAGAGUACUUCUGGGUAUUGCCAGGCUGAUGCAGGGGAAUCUGGAGAAGUAUGGACUAAAAAGGCCCAGCCUUGGGCCAUUGGAGCUCAAGAACGUGGAAGGAAAGACUCCAGUUUUGGACAUUGGGGCGCUGGCGAAAGUGCGAUCUGGUGAGAUUAAGGUUGUCCCUGGGAUCAAAAAGUUCAGUAGCGGGAAAGUGGAGCUUGUCGAUGGCCAGAUUCUGGAGAUCGAUUCCGUGAUUCUGGCAACUGGGUAUCGCAGCAAUGUUCCUUCAUGGCUUAAGGAGAAUGACUUCUUCUCAGAAGAUGGGAUUCCAAAGGAUCCAUUCCCAAAUGGGUGGAAAGGGAAAGCAGGGCUGUAUGCAGUUGGGUUCACAAGGAAAGGGCUCUCAGGUGCAUCUCUGGAUGCCAUUAGUGUGGCAAUGGAUGUUGCCAAGAACUGGAAAGAAGAGACCAAACAGAAGAAGAAGACAAUGGCUGCCAAGCACAGGAGAUGCAUUUCCCAUUUCUGAGGAAAAAGCUUUUUUUUCCUUUUCUUCUUAUUUUAGAGCUUUUGGUGGUCAGUUGGAACAGGAUAGUUCCAUAACCUCUUUUCUUUUUUUUUUUUUACUUGUGUUAUGGGUGUAGAAAUAACUAUAGGGAAAAGAAAGAAAGAGCUGCAGCAGCUUAAGUAAUUAGCCCUCUCCUAAAGAAAAAGAAAAAAAGCCCAAGAAGUGCACAUAUUUUGGGCCCUCUAUUUUUCCUUUCCUUUUUUUAUGAACAAAGGAAGAUGAGGCUGGUUGGUUUUGCACCUUUUUUUUUAUCUUGUCACUAUUUGUUUUUCUCUUGUAAGAGCUCUUUUUGUUCUCUCUUAAGGAACUUUGUAUUUGAGAGUUCUCACUCUUUCUAAGUGAAAUGAAAAUGAUAAUUCUCUAAUCUAUAUUCUUUGUUCUUGUAAAACAUACAUUUUACAUGCUCCGAUGAAUAAAAUUGAAAAUGACUUAUCAAAGGCCCUAAAUUCGGAGGAGUUGUUCUAAAAGCAUAACGCUAGAUUUGUUGGUUUUGUGAGGAUGACUAAAACACGAUGUAUUUUCAUUUGAUUACUCAAGCAAAACAGGUAUACCAACUUCUAUCAAUGAAAGGAAGGAGUGUCCACAGUUUCGUUUAAAGAGACUACAACAUCGGGGCAAACUAUUGGUAUACUAAUGAGCAUGCUCAUCGUCCAGCCAAUAACAAAGCAAUCACCGCUAUCAAGUCAAGUUGUAGUUCUUCUACAUCAAACUUGUCAAAGCCAAGUGUUAUAGUUCUUCUCCUCCCUUCCUCUGUUGACCAAAUUCCGGCGCGCAAUAAAUAAAACCAAUGGUUUUGUGGCCCUCUGUUUUCAUGCUCUGCGUUUCUGCCUUCUUGCACAUGGGAACGAUUCAGCAAAAAAACAAUAGUAGUAAUCCAAGUGAAGAUGCAGUUUGCAAUUUUCUCCUUCUCGUUUUUCUAGUAAAAUUAUAUCAUAAUAAUAAUAAUAAUUUCGAAUUCGUCUUCCAAGUCUACUCAGCCGGAUGAACGCGAAAAUCCAUGUGAGUUUAUACAAUAUCAUUAGAAAUUAGAAUGAACAAUUAAUUAGUUUGGUUCAAUUGACAACCAAAAAAAAAAAAGGAAUCCUAACAAAUACAUGUUUAAUGUAAUGAAUAAUCUGAUACAUUAGUCUACGGACAAGAGAGAUCAAUUUCACCAUUUUAAAGACAAAAUAUAUUAUUGUACGAUUAAAGUUAGGUUUUAGAGGAGCAUUCUCUGAACACCAAAGGAAAAAAGUUUAAAAUGGGACUAAAAUAAAUAGUAAGUGGUAUCGUAAGAUGAUCACAUUACACCACAAGUUAGGAAUCGACCCGCAAAACACUUCAUAAUUCAAUCCAGUCGCAGGGGCGGACGCAUUUGUUAGAGAUGUAUGUUAGCCGAGAUGCCUCCGCCCGAUUUUUUUUUUUAAUGUUAGAGACUCAGGUUUCAUCGUUACAACAAAAAAAAACUCGAGACCUCUGAUACAUGUCUGACAAUUGUAACCGACAAACCUUCUUCACACAACAAGAAAUUUGUGGUCAUAAAUUAAUUGAAAUAUAUAAAUAUAUAUUCUUCAUUUUAAUUAACUAUAACAAAUUAAAUUAUUAUUUUAUUUUAUGUAAAAAAAAAAACCUACUAGCCAUCCCCGCCUUAAUAAAAUGUCGUGUUCCCCUUACUCCUUUUAAUUACACUUCUCCUGUUUUGAUUAGACAAAAAUGAAAAAUUCAUCUGGCUAACACUAAAAAUCCGUUCAUCCCCUUACCCCCUUUUAAUUCACAUUUCCUCCUCUUCUUUUUUGUUUGCCUGAGUGUGAGGAGGAGGAAAAAAUUCUCCAAUCCCUGCCUCGCAGCUCUCUGUCUUCCGUUCCACCCUUCAAUUAUCGACAUCCGUCCAACCUCAUUUUUUGUUCAAACUUCCACGUUGACGUCUACUGUCACCCUUCUAUCUUCCCAUUCCAGCUUUAAAAAACCUAUUGGAAGUUA